UCACCACGUGAGUCUAGUUCACCACGUGAGUCCAGUUCACCACGUGAGUCGAGUUCACCACGUGAGUCGAGUUCACCACGUGAGUCCAGUUCACCACGUGAGUCCAGUUUACCAUGUGAGUCUAGUUCACCACGUGAGUCGAAUUCACCAUGUGAGUCUAGUUCACCACGUGAGUCCAGUUCACCACGUGAGUCCAGUUCACCACGUGAGUCGAAUUCACCACGUGAGUCCAGUUCACCACGUGAGUCCAGUUCACCACGUGACUCGAAUUCACCAUGAGAAGGGGUGGGCAACCUGUGACUCCGGAACCACAUGGCGGCUCUUUAAGGAUCGCUUCGUGACAGUUAUUUAUUAAGGGACCACCACCGUCUCGAAUUCACCACCGGCAGUUCACCGCGGCUUUUGAAAUAUUGAGGUGGGCGUUGUAGUUGCGUUUUUUUUAUUUCACCGAAUUUGAAAAAACAACGUGACUCUCCUUGUCAUCCCGGUUGUCGACCCCCGCUGCUGCGCACGCCAGGAGUGGAGCCCAGCCUCAUCCUGCUCGUGCUCGUGGUGGCACUCUGCUUCGUGCUGGGAGGAGUGGCACUCACCUUCUUCCUGAGGAGAAGAAUUCAUCAGCUCCAGAUGGUGAAAGGUCCCAACAAGAUCCUGAUGACGCUGGAUGACCUGACCUUCAUCAACCCGCAGCAGAGCCGCAAACUCACGGACGACGGCCGAACGAGCGUGGUGGGGCGCAGCGUCACCGACCUGAAGGGCACCGCGAGGCCCUCCCGCGGCUCCGUGUCGGGGAAGAGCGUGGCGCCCGCUCCUGAGAGUAGCAGCGUGGCCGUGUACGAGGUCCGUGUCGGGGUGGGUGACGACCGCGAGAGUGAGACGCGGGCGGAGAUCGGCAGGACCCUGGAGGGGUGGAGGGGGAUGGGGGAGAGUGGACCUAGGGGAGAGAGGGACAUGGGGGGGUGAGGAGAGGGAUCUGG